ACUGUUACCAGUAAGAGACGAUAAAAUACAAACAAAAACAAAACAUGCAACCAAAAAAAAAAGAAAGAGACAAAGACACAACGGGAGAGAGAAAAGAGCGAACAAAUUCCUUCUUUUUUCACUUUCUCUCUCUCUCCCACUCUCUCAUCUUCUUCUAAUGAUUUUCAACUUAUUACAAAAAAAAAAAAAAUCUUCCAAGUUUCAGUCUCAGGUGGUUCACAGUUAUUGCUACGCGUAAUGAUGAAUCUAUCUCAAUUUCGAUAACCUCUACUGAGGCAUCCAAAUGUUGAACGGAAAAGAAGAGCCUAAGCAGAAGAAAGGUUGGUCAGAGUCGCUGCUAGAAUUUCGGUCAGGGUUUGGGGAAAAGAUGAAAGUUGUGUCGAAGAAACGUUGGAAAUCUCUUGGACCUCUACAUUUGAAAAGCAAAUCAGUUGCACGGUUUUGCUUCUUUUCGAAAUUGAAGUCAAACAACCAUGGUCCAGGCCGUGCACCAGUCUAUCUCAAUGUUUAUGAUUUGACUCCUAUUAACGGAUAUAUCUAUUGGGCAGGCCUUGGUAUAUUUCACUCUGGCGUAGAAGUUCAUGGAGUAGAAUAUGCUUUUGGUGCCCAUGAUUAUGCAACCAGUGGUGUUUUUGAGGUGGAACCAAGACAAUGCCCGGGUUUCAAGUUCAAGAAAUCAAUAUUUAUUGGAACCACAAAUUUAAACCCAACACAAGUGAGAGAGUUUAUGGAGGACAUGGCGUGCAGUUACUAUGGGAAUAUGUAUCACUUGAUUGUAAAGAACUGCAACCAUUUCUGCCAGGACGUUUGCUACAAGCUUACCGGGAAAAAGAUCCCAAAAUGGGUGAAUCGGCUUGCACAAAUAGGUUCUGUGUGCAGCUGCAUACUUCCCGAGUCCCUCAAGAUAACAGCGGUUUGCCAUGAUCCAGACGGACAAAUUCCAGAGGAAGAAAACGAAAAGAGAAGUCUUAGAAGCUCAUUCAGCUGUUUAUCCUCCAUCUCCAUGAGACAAAAACAGCUUUCGACAUCAUCAUUGUUCCUACAAUCACCUCUCAGAGGCUGCUUACCUCCAUGGCAACUGAAACGCUCAAAAUCUAACAGCGGUUCCUUGAAAGAAAGGUAGACAUAUUCCAACCUAAACAAUCGUUGUUUCUCAUUCCUUUUCUUAGCACCACCACGCCCCGAUUUAUCUUUCUUCUAUCUUUGUAAGAGGAGUUCGAAAACAGAUUUCCCGGGCCAUCAUCAGUUUCUCUGCUUUCUUAUUUCAUUUUAACAGGCUUUCAUAAGCCAUUCUUCUUCUUCUCUCUGUUUGUAUUGCUUCCAAAUUUGGAUCUUUUCUCAUUUAAAAUCUUGUAUUGCAUCAACUCUGUUUAUAUCUAAAUUAGCUCUCUUAGUUCAAA